CCUCAGCUGACGUGCGUUCAUACUUGACACGCCGUCCCCUCUUCUACCAAAAAAACGCCCAAACUACGGGCUUCCGAAAGAGUUAAAAUACAAAAGACGACAAGGCUACAGCUACGAAACAGUUGUUCCUGCAAAUCGACGGCAUAGCUAUCCGCCAUCGGCGGCUAUCCGCUGCAACCUGACAGCAUCUGUCAACUCCUACUUGACCAAAAGGGCAAACGCUCCUCGUCGCCCUGAUUCUUGCUGACGGUUCAGCACUGACCUCAUAGCCUGCCCCUCACCCUUGAUAGAGAAACCAGCAUGGCCAGCGAUAAGCCAUCAGAGACGGACACAUCGAACCAGAUCAUCCAAUGGUAUGCCAAACUCUACAGUCGCCGUGUAGACCUUGUGGGCGACUUCGCAGGUAGCGAGCGUUUCCUCGUUCACGGAGAAUCACUUCUUCUUCACUGCUUCAGCGACCCGCACAUCGACUUCGAUCCGGGAUAUCAGCUGUUACACGCCUCGUAUGCAGUUGAGAAAUUUCUACAGGCUCUCGUCUCCCGGUGUUGUAACUUCCACCUUGCCUUCUUCGACGAACACCAAGAGCUUUGCGUGCCCCAGGAUGCGUCACCGGCACUUAGCGAGAAGUAUCUACUUGCACGAGCAGCCAUCAUUCGCCAUCUCAAAGUCAAUUUACCAGAUGCUAUUCCCGACAUCGAGGUCAGGGUUUUCCCUUCGACAAUAUCUGACACCUUCGCGGAGUAUCUGAAGACGACAGACAUCUACUUUGUGCUUUGCCAUGACGGUGCCUCAUUCAAGGACAUCCGAAAGCGGAUGAUCUCACGGAAGGAUCUAGACGCUCUUCAAAGUGAAGACCGAAGCCUACAUGAACGCCAACAGCAGCAUAAGGCAUCAUUCCGCACACUCAUAUAUAGAUUUAUGCAGCGAGGUUACAGCGCCGCGCUGAUCAAUGGAUUGGAAUGGCAAGACACCAAGGUGGUGACCACAGUACUUGAGCAUCCACGGUCAAUGAAUCUUGAAUUACCAUCGACGGACCUUAAGUUGUGCGAGAGAGUCACCGACAUUGUAGAUUUAUCCCACAUGCGCGGCUUUUUGCAGACAAUCAGGGCGUCAUGUGAUCAACUUCUCACUGAGCGAGAGUAUCUUACGGUGUUAGUUGCCUCGAAACUUGCAUCGUCGGGCCAGGACGAGCUCUCUUCCGCUCUUCUGCACCACACAUCAUUACUCGCAGACCUCCGUCUGUCGGACCGACCUAUUGCGAACCAAACAGUGUCCGAGGAAGUCAAAAACUUCAUCCUUGAUUUCUGUCGAGAAGCACGCAAGUUCGUUGGUAGCCCAGCAUGGGCAGACGCUUUCGCCGGACACCCUGAGUGCGAUGUUGCGGAUCUUAUUGAUGGACGGCUGUUCGCUUCCUGCGCGCAGCACCCAACAUCACAGGGCAGCGAGCUUUACGAGACACUACAAAAGGCGACAGCGGCUUUGAUUGGUCGAGAUCUGCCGGAUCAAUCAAGCCAAGGCUCAGGAGCCACGAAAGAUUCAGCUCCAAGCAACGGUCAGAAUGAUCAAGAUUCUUCUUACGCGGUACUUCCAUUUACCAACAGUACUUUCGACGAACACCUCGCUCCUAUUCAGCUGGAUGUAUCUCGAUCUGGUGGCAAAGCAGAGCAAACUACAGCCGCGAUCUUUCGCGAAGUUUCUCACUGGCACAACCAGCGUUCAUUAAAUCAGAAAACGAGAGUUGUAACCGAGAAGGACCCGAAGAUAGCAAAGAAAGCUCUACGCCGCAACCAGUUCUUCAUGGCUGAAAUGACUUCGUACGCUGCUAGUCUUACCAAUGCUGUUGGUAAGGUGCUCGAUCCUGAGACCAUUACUCUUGGGGAUAAAUCAAAAUCGGUUGCUCCGAAGUCUCUGACACCAAGCCAAAGUCUUGAGAAUAGAAAGCCAAAGCAGGCACAGAAAAAGGGCACCAAGAACAUCAACGCCUCGAAACAAGCCAUGCUGGCUGACAUCGAAGCAAGCUCGAAGAGGAAGGAUGAAGAGAGCGCGAAACAAUUGUACCAAGCUUGGGGUGUGUUCUGCGACGGCCUGGAAAAGCAGAUUGAUCUGCCAUCGAGAUACAACAAGGCUCGACAGUACUUGGCUAAUCUUAACAGCGAGUCUAAGCGUCAGACUCUUGGACCAGAAGUGCGCGUCUACAUGCUCAAUGUGCUUUUGGAGAUGUGGAUACGCUUCUGCAAAGACGGGGCCAAGGAAAAGGGGCUAUACGUCGCCGCUCUUAUAUUUGACACAGCCCGGACUCUUUGCAGCCUUCCCAGUGUUACCAAGACGAUUGCAAUCUGCCUUACAACGACUGUGGAUCGCCUGAAACUGCCUGCACUUCAAGUGCCCCGGGAGCAAGGUGAUCGGAAGCUUCCUUUCAAGUUUGCUUUGGAGGAAACCUCGGUCUCGGAUCUUGCUUUGACCCUAACCCCAGAGGAAUUCCAACUGCUUCAUUGCGGACCGUACUUUGAUCGGACCAUUGAUUCUGCGCCCGACUCUCGUGUACCCUUCGAGCCUGAUGCGUGGCAACGACGAGUUCUGGAUGAAAUUGACGCACGGCGCAGCUUACUCGUCAUCGCUCCGACCUCGGCCGGUAAAACUUUCAUCUCUUUCUACGCCAUGAAGCAAGUACUCGAGUCCAACAAUGAGGACGUGCUGGUGUAUGUCGCUCCUACAAAAGCGUUGGUCAAUCAGAUUGCGGCUGAGAUUCAAGCUCGCUUCUCAAAGAACUACAAAUAUAGCCAGUCGGUGUGGGGCAUUCAUACGCGCGACUAUCGGAUUAACAACCCUACCGGAUGUCAAAUCCUAGUAACAGUACCUCAUAUAUUGCAAAUUAUGCUGCUUGCACCGAGCAACGCCAAGGGCUGGUCGGAGCGUGUCAAAUGGAUCAUCUUCGAUGAAGUCCACUGUAUUGGCCAAGCCGAGGACGGCUUGGUUUGGGAACAGCUACUGCUCAUGGCUCCAUGCCCUAUUAUUGCGCUUUCUGCGACAAUCGGCAACGCCGAGGCUUUCAACGACUGGCUAGCCGCUACUCAGAAGGCGGCUGGGCAAGAGCUUGUAAUGGUUCAACACCCACAUCGAUACUCCGAUCUACGAAAAUUCGUGUACACUCCACCUGCUAAGCGGGAUCCGGCCAGCUAUCUACCUCUACCCACCCAGCGUUCAUUUGCCCAACUCGGACUGGAUGAACAUACGGAUUUUGCUUUCUUGCACCCGGUGUCCAGCUUGAUCAAUCGUACACGCGGCUUACCGUCAGAUCUUACGCUCGAGGCACGCGAUUGCCUUACAUUGUGGCAGAGCUUGUCGAAGCACCAAACCAAGGAGUAUCCCGUAGAUAAGUCGCUGAAUCCCUCCGCGGUCCUGCCUACUAUUAUCAAGAAGGCGGACAUCAUAAAAUGGCAGACUGCUCUAAAGGACAUUCUUUCCGCAUGGAUGGCAGACGAUGCGUCUCCAUUUGAAAUCGUCCGUAAAUAUCUUAGCAGCUCAAUCGCCAAUUUUUCUCUUAGCCAGCGGGAUGAAAAUGCUGAGGUUACUAAUGAUGCUUCGCAGGUAGACGAGAUGGAGAUGGAGAUCACUCAUGAUAUCUCAAGUAUUCUACCCUUACUAGCCGAUCUACAACUGCAAGACGCACUUCCAGGCAUCAUUUUCAAUUACGAUCGCUCGAUCUGCGAGAGGAUGUGUCAAACUCUGCUCAAGCAGUUAACGGAGGCUGAGGUCUCCUGGAAGCAAUCAAGCCCAAAGUGGAAAGAUAAGCUAGCGCAGUGGGAAGAAUGGAAGAAAGAAGUUGCUCGGCGAGAGAAGCAAGGUCUUCGCGGUGAGGCAUCCAAAGGCAUGACGAAACAAGACCAGAUGAGGGAAGCAGCAAAUGUAGAAGUUAGCGCAUUCGCCUCAUUUGACCCGAACAAGCCCCUUGAUGGCUUUCACUUUGCGGAUAACAAGAAGCUUUCGCAAGAAGAGCUCGAGGCCCACGUAAAAGAACUGCGCUAUCGCGGAUGUGACGAAUGGCUCAUCGAUGGCCUACGGCGAGGUAUCGGUGUUCAUCACGCUGGUCUGAACCGCAAAUAUCGAUACUGUGUUGAGAUGCUCUUCCGAAGGGGAUAUCUACGGGUUGUCAUUGCUACUGGAACGCUCGCGUUGGGUAUCAACAUGCCUUGUAAGACCGUAGUCUUCUCGGGUGACUCAGUCUUCUUGACGGCACUCAACUUCCGACAAGCUGCUGGCCGUGCUGGCCGUCGAGGUUUUGACAUGCUCGGAAACGUUGUCUUCCAUGGCGUGUCGCUCAGCAAGAUCCACAAACUGAUCAGCUCCCGGUUGCCCGAUCUGAACGGGCACUUCCCUAUCACGACUACGCUGGUCCUGCGACUAUUCACGCUCUUGCAUUCGUCUGAAAACUCGCGCUUCGCUGUACGCUGCGUCAAUGCGCUAUUGUCUCAACCACGACUUUACCUAGGCGGAGAAGACGCAAAAUUGACGGUGCUCCAUCAUCUACGUUUCUCCAUCGAAUACCUCCGGAGGCAACACCUCCUUGAUGGUCAAGGUGUGCCUCUCAACUUUGCGGGCGUUGUUAGCCAUCUCUAUUUCACGGAGAAUUCAUCGUUCGCAUUCCAUGCCCUGCUGAAGGAUGGAUACUUCCACGAGCUGUGUGCAAAGAUCGAUACCAAUAGGGAAUUAGUGUUGCGUGAGCUCAUGCUGACAAUGUCACAUCUCUUUGGGCGACGCCAUUGUCGACAAGCCGACGAGGAGUACGUAGAAGAAGUGGUCAAGAAGAGCCCAUCGAUUGUUUUCCUGCCGCCCUUACCUGAGCAGGCUGCAAAUGUCCUACGCCGCCACAACAAAACUACGCUAGACAUUUUCGCGGCUUAUGUCCGUACAUUUGUCGAUCAGCACGUCCAGGAGCCGGACAAUACACUUCCCUUGACUGCAGUCACAGUCGGUGGCGACUCCUCUUCGAGACUAGGGGAUGGUCAACAUCGAGAUAUUAAGGCUCGCUCUGCAUUCGUCGCACUCUCGGGAUACGACGACAACUUCGAAUCUAUUCAUGACCUCUGUUCUACAAGCCGAUCCGGCGUUUUUCUCGAAGAAGCAGUCGUACCAAAUGUUGGUCUAUACCCAGAAGAUUCGGAUUUACCGCUCAAUGCGUACUUGUAUGACUUCUUCAUGCACGGCGAUGUGAAUGCUGUCAUCACUGCCAAUAAAAUCCGCCGUGGAGAUAUUUGGUUUGUGUUGAACGAUCUCAGUAUGAUAUUAGCAACCAUCACCACGAGUUUGUCGAACUUCUUGGGCCUCGUAGCUGAGUCUGAUCUCGACUUCAUUGAUGUGCGUGGUGGUGGCGAUGACGAGGAAGAGAACAGGGAAGAUAAGAUGUUGCCGACCGAUGCUGCAACGGAGGCUAGCGCGGCUACAAAUGCGUCUAAUAACAAAGGGCCGGUGAAGCAGGAUCUGCCGAUCCAGACCAAGAAGAAGUUGAAGAAGAAGGUGAUGGACUCUUGGGACGACGAAGCGUCGGAGGAGGACUCAGAGUCGGAAGCUAGUGACUGGGAUGCCGAUGAUGAUGGCAACCAGGAGGCGCCGGCUUGGGAAGAGGGUGCUGGGUUACUGAACGUCUUGAAGGCUUUCAAGGCACUCAAAGAGGAUUUUGACACCAAGUUCAAGGCUAUGUGGGCUUAAGAGAUGCGCAUGGAUGUAGAUUGCGGGUUUACGAACGGAGACGAGCGAUGAAUUAUGCAUCACGCGGACGCUUAUCAUUAGGAUAUCGGCACGACCUUUUCAAGGGCAUUCCCUUCGUUACAUGUAUUUAGAAACAGAGUAGACACUCACUUAGUAGAGCAUGAAUAGCUAGACAUCUCUCACCACCUGCAGUCUCGCUCCGUUUACAUAGUGCAAACC